AACUAAUUUAUUUCACUCAAUCACCCAAUGUCGCCUGCUCAAACCGUGUCCAUUAGAAUCCCAGCCAAACUUGCAGAUUUUUGCGCCUUUCCUUUUACCUUUACUGGAGUCAGGAAUAUGUUUGCAGGGAAGGACUGCUGUUUCAACUCUUCCAGGAUUGAUCUCUAUCUUGAUUAUGAACCACACCCAUCAUCCACAAAGAACUUGAUUCAUCUUUUCCAAAUGAUCAGGAAAGGCACUUUUGCGAAGUACGAUUACGGGCAAUGGAAAAACUUGAUUCUUUAUGGCCAAAGGAACCCUCCGGAAUUCGACCUUAGUGAGAUUCCUCAAUCCCUGCCUUUGUGGGUGGGCUAUGGAGGGAAUGAUGCCUUAGCCGACGUGGCAGAUGUUGAACACACACUGAGGGAGUUGAAAGGGACGCCGGAUGUGCGGUAUCUAGGCGAUUAUGGUCACAUUGAUUUCAUUUUGAGUGUAAGGUCCAAAGAAGAUGUUUAUGACAGCAUGGUUGGGUUUCUCAAGUCAUUGCAGAAAGCAAGCAAUUUGGAUAAGAGAAUGAGAAAACGGAAUGGGAUUUCCUCAUUCCCUUGUUGUGUUUGGGGUUUAGCAAGUGAAGGAACUGACCCUCGAACGCUCUACAUAAUGGGGGAGCGUAUUGUCCUUCGCCGAGCUCCCUUUUUCUUCCGGCGGUUGAUCGCUGUUCUUGGCGUUGAGAACCCGCCAAGCUCCGCCAUCUACCUGCGUCGCUGCCUCUGUUCCUCUUCCACAGCCAAAGCUGAGGCAGAGAAAGAAGCCGAUACUGCAGAUAAGAAAGACAAGUGGUUCACUCUACCUCCAUACACUUUCUCUAUAAAUGGCGCUGCUCUUGGGAAAGAGCUCGCUGGAAGGCAAUCAGAUACUAAGUGCAAAACUGCCACCACCAUGACGGCCUUGAAGUGGGUUCUGCGUUGCUGCCCUGAGUUUCCAAGGUCUCUUGUGCAAAAGCUGUUUCGAUUAAGACAGGUUCGAAGGUUAUCCUCUCCUGAUCAACAACCUCAAUGCAAGAGGGUGAAUGCUAAGGAGCCGAUGCACAUAGGGGAUCAAAUAGUUCUUCCUAUAACUGUUGAAAAGUUUCCUGCUGAAAAGAAAGUUGAGCACUUUUGUAGUGAAGAGCAAAGAGAGUUCUUUCAAAGUAUUGAAUUGUACAAGGAUCCAUCUAUUCUUGUUGUAAAUAAACCGCCUGGGAUGCCUGUUCAGGGUGGUGUAGGCAUAAAAAGAAGUUUAGAUGAAUUGGCUGCAAAAUAUAUGAGAUAUGGCUAUCCAGAGCCCCCUCGUUUGGUGAUGGUGGAUAAUGGGAAAUCUGACCGUAUUACCGUAAUGGAUGAUGGCCGUGCACAAUCAGCACAAUGUGCUGUGACAGAGUAUCGAGUCAUUGAAACUUCUGAUAAGGGCUUUACAUGGUUAGAGCUAUCUCCUCAUACUGGCAGAAAACACCAGCUGCGGGUUCACUGCGCUAAAGUACUGGGAACGCCGAUUCUUGGGGAUUAUAGAUACGGGUGGCAAGCUCAUAGGAAUUUGAAUAAGCAAUAUCUUCCCGAGCAGAAGUGGGGCCCUCUUGGCUUCAAUAUGAGGAAUGGCAGCGUGUCUGAUAGGCAGCAGCCUCCUCAUCUUCAUCUGCACUGCAGAGAGAUGGUUUUGCCCAACAUAUCUCAGGCUUUGCAACAACAUGCUUCAGAUGACACUUUCUCAGAGGUCGAAAACAUAAAGCUCUCUGCUCCUCUCCCGCCCCACAUGCAGCGGAGUUGGGAUCAUUUGAAUUCUUAGCACCCAUUUGGUUUAGAUUCACGAUAGUCGUUUCUGUCAAUGCUUAUCAAGAAUCCAAACUAAUGUGUUCUUUCUAAGCAUCUUACAUUUACUGCUUUACAUGGCAUGAAAAACUCACAUAACAUUGAGUAACCAGCAACAUUGUCAUAUUCAAUUCUUUGAUUAUUAAUGUUGAUUUUGCAUGGGUAUGUGU